GUUUUUCUAAUCUUUAUUAUGAACAGAAUUGUUUUAAAAAAAGUUUCAUAUCCAACCUAAAUCCCUAAAGAUGGCGGAUCAAUUUCUCGUCCGGCAAUUUCUCCGCCGGUGGCGCCCAAGCACCGCCGCGUCCAGCUUAAGAGGAACUUACCACCAGAAAUAUGCUUACGCCUCCACCAGUGAGAAAAACUGCGAAGAGGAAAAGGAUUGUAAUCAAUGGCUGAUCUUGCCUUCUUUCAACCCCGCCGCCGAUGGUACUUCAAUCGGGAAGCAGCUCCACUGCCGGAAGGCCUACGCCAACAUGACUUCGAGUAAGUGGAUUCAUAAAUGCUGCCCUGAACUCCCAAGGUCUCUGGUUCAGAAACUCUUCCGCCUGAGACAGGUUCGAAAAGAGGUCUCCAGUGCUGAAAGUAACCAAAAACAACAAAAAAGGGUAGGAGCUAAAGACUUAAUGAACAUUGGUGACAAAAUAUUGCUCCCUAAAUCUGUUCAUGUCAAGUUCCCGUCAAAAACAGUGGAGAGUCGGAGUUUUCUCACUGAAGAAGAAUCGGAAUUUAUCUGUAGCCUUGAGUUGUAUAAGGAUCCAGCCAUAAUUGUCCUCAAUAAACCACCUGGAAUGCCUGUGCAGGGUGGACUUGGGAUAAAGAGAAGCUUAGAUGAAUUGGCUGCCAAGUAUUUGAAAUAUGAUCAUUCCGAGCCUCCUCGUCUGGUGCAUAGACUUGAUAGAGACAGCAGUGGUCUCUUAUUGAUGGGGAGGACACAAUUGAGCACCACCGUCCUGCAUUCCAUUUUUCAUGAGAAAACACUGGAAGCAUCAAAUGAUCUUCCUGUCAGAGACAGAGUCCUGCAGAAAAAGUAUUAUGCUCUAGUUAUUGGAUGUCCAAGACGUCGAGAAGGAUUAAUUUCUGUGCCGUUAAUGAAGGUUAUAGUUGACAAUGGGAAAUCUGAGAGAAUUACAGUAGUUGACAAUAACCACUCAUUGUCAGUGCAGCAUUCGGUGACAGAAUACAGAGUGAUUGCAUCGUCACAUGGUUAUUCAUGGUUAGAGUUAAUACCGUUUACUGGAAGAAAGCACCAGCUUCGCGUUCACUGUGCUGAAGUCUUGGGAACACCAAUCGUUGGAGACUAUAAAUAUGGGUGGCAAGCUCACAAGAAACUAGGACAAUUCACAGAAUCUGCUUCGGAUUUUAAACGGGAUCACAAAAUGACCAAAAUCAAACACGAUUCUAUUGGAUUCGAGUUGGAGGGUGGAAGCAUAUCUGAUAAGCAGCCAUUUCUUCAUCUUCACUGUAAAGAAAUGGUUUUGCCCAAUAUAUCACAGGCCUUGCAACAUGGUCACAUGAUUUCCGAUGUCAAUUAUGCUCGAAUUGAGAGUAUAAAAUUAGAUGCUCCUUUGCCGGCACACAUGCAGAGAAGCUGGGACUCACUAAAUUAGUAUCUUAGUUCGACCACAAUGGGAACAUUGUACGGGCCUAUUGAGUUGUGUAACUUGUAUUUGAGUUUCAGGUUACCAAUUUUAUGAAGAGUUGUUUCUAUAUCUGGGACUUUGGAAAAGAAUGUGGCAGUCAGAUCAUAAAAUGAAACUAUAGGAAAGGUUCGCAAGUGCAUCAGUAAAGAAUGUGUUGGCAGAUCAUAAAACGACCGUAGAGAAGUUCCCAAAUAUAUGGGGUUUUUUUUUUUUCAAAGAUAAAGAAAUAAAUACAUUUCACUCAAUA